GCGGCGGCCUCCCCAACAGCGGCGGCCUGCUGGCUCAGGAACGGGAGCGAUCGGCGUUCCGGCACGGACUGAUGGAACUGUCCCGCUGCCUGGCUCGCCUUCAGCCGACGCCAUGGCCCAAGGUGGCCAAGGUGAUGGCCGCCUGCCCCGUGGAGAUGUCGCGCGGCGUGUUCCGCAUCGACCAGCGAGGCCAGGACGCCACGAUGUCGCUCUGCGUGUACCUGGUCGAAUCCGGCUUCCAGCACCGCGAACGCAUCGUGCCGUACCUGAUGAAGCUGCUGCGAGGCCUGCUCAAGGCCAGCUUCGUCGAGGAGGUCAAGUACGAGCCCGACGAGAGGAUUCCCGUGAGGGAGCGCUUCUGCUUCCUGCUGCAGACGGUGCUGUCGGACGUGGCGUACUUCUGCGACGAGCUCGGCGAGGAGGUCACCAACUGCCAGGUCGACUUUCUCGGUGCCCUGGUGCGCAUUUGCGCCAGCGCUCACGCCGCCAGCACGGCCAGCACAGAACCGUCGAGUACCGCCGCCACGCUCAACGUCAAGGUCGGCCAGACAGUGGUCCCACUGAUAAUCGGCACGUGCCGCGCGCUGGGCCGCGCCAGCGUCGAGCUGCCGUUCCUCAUUUGCCGGAUCUUCCCGCCGCCGGAGAAGGUGGACUUCGUCGAGGACGAGCUGGGGGUCGAGAGCUACGCCAGGAAGAAACGGCGCGCCGAGAUGUACAACCCGAACAUGGUGUCGCGCCGCGCCAUGGUCGACUACUGGGUGGCAAGGACUUGCCGCGGCGCGGCUCGCGAGCGACGCGAGGGCCUCUUGCCGUACGAGAACAUCACGACGCCCAUCGAGUUCAACGCGUCCACGUUCAUUUUCCGGACGUUCGGCUCGUCCUUCAGCAACCUGCGAGUCAUCGCGGAACGACCCGAAGUCGCGAGCAAGAACCACGCGCGGUUCUCGGCCAACAAGAUCCAGCUUAUCCUUGCGUACGCGGACCGCAUCCUGUCGGACGAGAUGAUCGACUACCUCGACCAGUGCGCCAUCAACGCAUACGAUACCGCACAGAUCGUCACCAAUCCGUACCGCUCGUUCGGAGAGAUGCUGAAGCUGGUCUGGAUCACCCUGCUGCACGAGCUGCUGUGCUCGUACACGCUUGCCGAGAAGGAGGAGUGGAAGAAGAACUCGCCGCUCUUCUGCAGUCUCGCGAAGGACAUCCAGAAGCUCGCCAAGCAUCUCUUCCUUGCCGGUCAGAAGGACAUACAGGUGAAGGCUUACGAUGCGAGCGAACAGGAACAGAAGGACCACCAGUACACCUGUGUGCACCGAUUCCGCGCCAGCGUUCAAACGGUGGCCACGUGUGUGGAGAUCUUAGUUUGGGCCGAGGUGGAUGAGAACGGCGCCGACCUGCUCUGCGGCAAGCUCAGCGAGAAGCUCCAAGCGGCACACGGUCUCAAACUCGCACUCGAUUUUCGUACAGGUCACCUGCCCAUCCUCAUCAGCUGCCUGGAUGGCGUCAGGACGCUGGCCGAGAUGUUCCCACUGAUCGUGGACGGCUGCAUGCUGGCGGCGCGCGAUUUCCUCGGUGCUCCAGCGCCCGUCCUGCUCAAGCUGUACCAAUGCAUGGAAGAGCUCGUCAGCGGCGACAACGCUGGCGUCAGGUCCAUCUGUCAGGCGGCCCUCAGACAGGUACGCGAUGCAGGCAUCGACUGUCUGUGUGGAGUGCUCCGAGUGGGCAUUGAGCGCGACCCCGAAAUUGUUCAGGCGUACCUGGCCUCUGCCUCAAACAGACUCUUCCAGGCUGAAAUAAGCGGUGGCGAAGGAGCCCUGAUAGCCAUCAACACGGUGAUGGCGUUGGGCAAGAUGGCGGUGGCACUAAAGGGCACGCCGAAGACGGAAAAGUCGGUGUUGCAGUUCUUCCAGCAGCGCUUCUGCAAACCUCCUUCGACGCUGGACACACUCAUCGUGGACCAGAUGGGUCGCAUGCUGGUCGCCAAGGUGGACCGGACCGUCCGGGACGAGAUCAUGAAGAUGCUGACCAUGGUCACGCUGGUCUCCAACUCCGUGCAGGCCAAGAUUGCGGACUCCGACGUCAAGUUUCAGGGCUACAAGCACGUAGCCUUGCCCGUCAUCAAGGUUCUUGUCAAGGUGGCCUCGGGCAUCGAAGGCUCAGACGAGCAGCUUGAGAUGCUCAGUACGCUUCUCGAGCUAUUCGUGCAGAUCGGACUUGACGGUUGUCGCUACUGCGAGAACCAGCUGGCCUUCAAGGACUCUGGCUGCGCCGCCAACAUGGGUGUCCUCAUACCUGUCAUCUCGGCGUUGGUUCAACGCAUGGACCCCGUCGUGGGUGCCAAGCCGCGCAUACACAAACUUUUCUGGGACUUCUGGCUGUACGCCUCGCUCAUGGGCUUCACUGUGCUGUCCGGCGUGUGGCCCAUCGACUGGUACUACGGCACCGCCGACAUCGCGCUCAAGUCGCCCAUCCUGGUAUGCAAGGAACACCUGAGGCCCAUCCUGCAGUUCAACAACCCCGUGCGUCACGAGACCGCAGCCAUCGUCGACCUCAACGACGUCAAAUUCCAGCUUCUCAAGGAACUCAAGGGAGGCACCGAGAUCAGCACCAUACUGUACAAGAUGAACUUCAUGCAGGCCACCUACCUGCUGUCCGUCAACGACCUGGAAGCCCUGAGGAUCCAGAACUCGGUGACCACCAAGACGCCGUACCAGACCAUCAUGCAGUACCUCGAGUUCCCCCUCAUACAGAAGGACAAGGGGGGCAUGUUCAUUUGCAUGUCGGCCGUUGCCGAUAAGGUCUUCGAAAUGUUCCUCGACGUGAUGCAGGACAAGCCCAAGCACGAGGAUCGUGAGGCCGAACUGGAGGAGGCGUUUGUCUUCCUCCUCGUGAAGUUCGUCGACCCCGAAAAGCAGAUACGGCGCGUGGCCGACAAGUUCAUUUCGAAUUUCAUCGAUCGCUUCCCACAUUUGUUGUGGAGCCGCAAGGUCCUCUGGGCCAUGCUGGACAUCUUGCAGGCGCUGGCCUACUCCCUGGAGCUGGACCCCAACGAAACUGGUCAAGAGGUGAUCGUCCCCUUCACUCCGUACUCAAUCACACUAACCGACACCAUGGAGGGCCGAGAGACCAUAGUUCGCGACCUGGCCGCCCACUGCCAGGGUAUCGUUCAGGAGGCCGUCAAGUGGGCGCCCAUAGCGACGCGCUCCCACCUACAAGAGUACAUGGUCACCAACUCGGAAUUGGUCGAAGCGCUGACCCAGCAUACCGGCGUGGGUCUGGCCAUCGAAAGCAUCAUGCUUUUCGCCGGCCUCAACGCGAGUUCCUCGCCGCAGUCUACUUCCCUCUUGGAAAGGUGGCCGGCUUGCGUAAAGAAGGACUACUCCGAGUUUGUCUGCUCCAUGGAGAUACGCUGCCGGUAUUCGGGAGAAGUGGCAGGCCUGCUCAUGAGCUCCAAGAACACGGAGUACACGCGGAAGGAGCUCGCGGCCAAGCUGCUCAACCAGCUCCACACCAGCUGGAAGACGUCCAACAAGAAGCUCCACAAGCGGUGCAUAUUUCGCAUAUGCGCCCUGUUGGUCAGCAUGAAGGGCCUGGACCGGAGGCUACUCCGGGCCCUGUGCUGGUCGCCCGUCGAGUACUUCUCUGAGGAGCCGACGCGCAAUGCCAUCUACUGUUGGCAGUGGUUCCUGGCGGCCAAGCCCGAACAGGAACUUCGCUUCCUGCACGAGAUGUCCAACGCGUGGCUGGCCACGGUCGAGCGAGAGCUGGGCCUCUUUUCCAAGGAUCCGGUGCAGACAGACCCGUGUGCCGUAGGCGAGAAGAGCGACUUGCGCCCGAAGUCUCCUUACAUCGCGCCACACGAGGUGUGGGUCAACUUCAUUGUCGAGAAGAUCGAAUCGGCAAAGUUCAGCAGCCAGGCCGAGAUCGAGAUAUUCACCAACCUUUUCUACCGGUCCUUCUCGCCCACCAUCGGGGACGAAAAAUUCAGCUGCCGCCACAUAUCGGUGGUGGGAACGAGGUUCAACCUGCUGAGCAGCGCCGUGUCGUUGCUGCAGAGCGACGCCGACGCGCUGAGUAGCCAGAUGAUCCGCAGCAUCCUCAGGGAGCGCAUCUACUCCGCCUGCCUGGACUACUUCUGCGGCCCGCAGUCAUUCCCGACCGAACGCGGAGGCAAACUUCGCGAGAGCAUCCUCAUGAUGGUGAAGUUCUGGAUGGCGAUGCACAACGACAAAAAGUUCCUGCGCCGCACCAGUUUCGGCAAGGAUAUUGUGGGCAACCAGCUGUCCAAUCGCAGCCAAGGGUCGUCGGCGGGCAGCACGGCGACUGAGAGCGGCUACACGCAGGCAGAUUCGUUCCCAACGACGCCCGCCGGUUAUCAGCAGCAGGGUUACAGCCGGCCGUCGACCGAGAGCUCGUCGACGACUACCCGACAGACGACCACGACCACGACAACGUCGCGGGAGAUGCGCGAGACGCCGCUCGUCUCGGACUCGGCGUACGCCAAGGAGUACCUGCGAAAGCGGUCGCUCAUCCUGGCGCUGCUGUCGGUGGAGAUCGAGUUCCUGAUCACGUGGUACAACCCGCUCUCGCUGCCCGACCGGGUCGUGCCCGGCGAAGAGAUCAUCAGCGCCUGGAGGAGCCAGCACAUCACUGAGAGGGGCUGGGUUGACAUGGUCCAGUGCGCCUGGAACCUCUCGCCGUUGCUGGCCGUCUACCUGCCCAGUCGCUUUCGGUCGUCCGACGCCCUUCGCAGCGAAGUCACCAGACUGGUCCAAGCGAACCCGGACCUCGUGUGCCACAUACCCGAGGCCCUGCAGUACAUGGUCACGCCCGACUUCGUGCUCGAGGACAACCCGGACUUGUCCUAUUUGCAGGCCUGGGCACCGGUGUCGCCCGUCAAAGUGCUCGCCUAUUUCUCGCGCCUCUACUCACCGCACCCGAUCACAGCGCAGUACGCCAUCCGGGUGCUCUCGGCGUGCCCUCCGGACGUGCUCAUGUUCUACAUCCCACAGCUGGCGCAGGCCGUGCGCUACGACACCAUGGGCUACAUCCGAAACUUCAUCAUCACGUCGGCGAACAUCAGCCAGCUGCUGACGCACCAGUUCAUCUGGAACAUGCGCACCAAUAUGUUUCGCGAUGAGGACGGCCAGGAGAAGGACGUCGACCUGUACGAGGUGUUCAACUCCAUGAUCGACUCCAUGGUCAGCAACCUGUCGGGCAAGGAGAAGCUCUUCUACGAGUCCGAGUUCGACUUCUUCACCAAGAUCACCGCCAUCUCCGGCGUGCUGAGACACUUUCCAAAGGGUCCGGAGCGCAAGCGGGCCUGCCUCUGCGAGCUGUCCAAGAUUAAGGUUGAGCAAGGGUCGUACCUGCCUUCCAGCCCGGAGGCGAUCAUUGUGGACAUUGACUACGCGUCUGGUGCGCCCAUGCAGAGCGCCGCCAAGGCGCCCUUCCGCGCGAAAUUCAAGGUGCGCAGCGUGGGCAUCGAGAAGGUGCAGGAGAUCGCCACCGCGGGAUACAAGGACCUGCGUGACGCCGGCUAUUUCACCGCCGCGGACCUGCGCAGAGAGCACUGGCAGGCCGCCAUCUUCAAGGUAGGCGACGACGUGCGACAGGACAUGUUGGCGCUCCAGGUCAUCGCGCUCUUCAAGAACGUCUUCAGCAUCGCCGGAAUCGACGUGUACCUGUUCCCGUACCGCGUGGUGGCCACGUCGCCCGGCUGCGGCGUCAUCGAGUGCGUGCCGGACACCACGUCGCGAGACCAGCUGGGCCGACAGACCGACAUCGGCAUGUACGAGUACUUCCUGCAGAAGUACGGCGACGAGUCCACGCGCGGCUUCCAGGAGGCGCGAAGCAACUUCGUCAAGAGCAUGGCCGCCUACAGCGUCGCCAUGUUUCUCCUGCAGGUGAAAGAUCGUCACAACGGCAACCUGCUUCUGGACGAAGACGGCCACAUCAUCCACAUCGACUUCGGCUUCCUCUUCGAGAGCUCUCCCGGCGGCAACAUCGGCUUCGAGCCGGACAUCAAGCUGACCGAGGAGAUGGUCAUGAUCAUGGGAGGCAAGCAGGAGGCCGAGCCGUUCAAGUGGUUCACCGAACUUUGCGUGCGCUGCUUCCUGGCCGUGAGACCGUUUCGCGAGGACGUGGUCACCCUGGUCUCCCUGAUGCUGGACACCGGUCUGCCCUGCUUCCGAGGACAGACUGUCCGGCUGCUCCGGCUGCGGUUUGCGCCCACGGCCACGGAGCGUGAGGCCGCGGCCUUCAUGAUAAAAAUCAUCAACGACUCGUACCUCAACAUCAGGACCAGGACGUACGACAUGAUCCAGUACUACCAGAACCAGAUCCCGUACUGAGGUCUUUACCAGUACCAGGAACGAUGUGCCGGUUGAGGAAGGUGAA